CAACUCUGUUUAGUAACUAUUACAAUCUGUAAUCAUAAAUAUCCUUCAUUUCACUGCGUUACUGAAUUAUAAAUUUUCCAAAUAGCUUGCUUUAUUACUUGAAAUUGCGAAAACUGCAAAAAAUACAUUAUACGCAGCAGCACCAUCAAUUUGAACAUGAUGAGAGAACUCAUCUCUAAUAUGACGCCUCGCCUUGAUAACAAAGUUUUUUUGUGAGUUCCGAGUUCUGAGCAAAUCUCAAUCUAUGUACAAAAUCAAUCCUUGCUCUACAGAACCACGCAUAUCCACAAAACGACGAACGAAACAUAACUUUUGAGUCAGUUUCCAACAUUCGAAGUGGAAAAACUUGGAGAGAACUCUAAAAGUCCAGCCUCCAAUAUAUUCUCCCCGCACAAAAGAGUAAAGAAAAACUCCAACAACGAUCCGUGAGUCCACUUUUCGUGGAUUUUAGUCCCUUUUCGAUCACUACGAGUUCAAGUCACAUCGCUCCCAGUUGAAGAGGACACAAUAAAAAUAAAAGUCUCACCACACUCAACUCUGCUCGUCAAAAAAUCAUAGUCAAAGCCAAGCCAUUAAACUCAGGACACAGUGAAAGAGUUGCUUGUAUACCGUUUCUUAAAGGAAAAAAAGUGGAAUAUUUUCACUUUUCUUGUAAAGAACUUGAUCUUUAAUUAAAUACAAUUAUCAAACUUUGUCAAAUCAAUUAUCCAGUUGUACAAUUUUUUUGCGGAAGAAGUUAAAAAUGGUGAAAGGAGUGUGAAAGAAGUGAGAAAAACGCUGAUUGAUUUUGCCAAAAAAAGCCGAAAAAUGACGGAAACCGGAUCUUUAUCUGACGAACCGGGCACAUGCUCACCUUCGUCAGGUGGUUCGAGCCAUUUUACUAACGAAAAUGGAAUCCUAAUCAAAAAGAAGGGAAAAUGCAAAUGGUUCAAUGUGGCCAAAGGUUGGGGAUUUAUUACACCGGAAGACGGAACUCAGGAAGUGUUUGUUCAUCAAAGCGUGAUACAAAUGAGUGGAUUCCGAAGUUUAGGGGACGAGGAGGAAGUGGAAUUCGAAUUUAAAGAGUCAGACAAAGGUUUGGAAGCUACCGUUGUGACGGGUCCUGACGGAAAUGAAUGCGUCGGAUCUAACCGUCGUCCCAUGUCCAAGAAAAAAAUUAAGAAAAUUCGCUGCUUCAAUUGUGGUGAUCUGUCGCACCAUGUUGCUGCGAAAUGUGGACUGGGACCAAUGCCAAAGAGGUGUCACAACUGCAAGAGCGUCGAACAUUUGAUUGCCGAUUGUCCGAAAAGAAUCGAAAAAGCUAAAAAUAAUAAUAAUCAGAUCAUAACAAAUGGGAACAAUAACGUAUUGAAUGGAACUUCAUCAUCUCUCGAAUCGAUGUCUGCAACCCCAGUCUCAGAUGAGUGUAUUUCCGGUUCUGAAGGGGACUCUACUGGUGGAUCGGCGUCAUAAUUUCAUUUCAAAAUCAGAAUUUAUAUAAAUUAAGGUUGUCUUGUAAAAGACACAUUUUACAUGCUUGAGUUAAUUUAGUUAUGAAUGAAUUAGAUUAGUAGUAUUAUUUAUAAUUCUUCUAUGUUAAAUAUUAUUUUAAAAAGUUGUAUUUAUUUGUGUACAAAAAUAUCUGUCUAAAUUACCAACUACUUAUAUAUCUAUAAAUAGUUAGUAAAUCUUUGCAAUUUCGAAAUGAGUUAUUGAAUUAAAAUUAGUAUUUAUUUAAGGUUAUGAUUAUCAAUUAAAUCACAAUCAGUUUGAAUUUACCAUGCUUUAAAAUGCGAAUAGUCCUGAAUUUAAUGUAAUUACCGAGAGUUUUAUUACUUGUUAGAAAUAGUAAAUAUAUAUGUAUAUAUAUAUAGUAAGUAAUUAUACAAUUUCAAAAAUAUUUACCCCGUUCAUCGGAAGUCAUCCCAUUUUCCUACAUAAUAAAUGUAUGUAUUCACCAUUUCUGCUUUUAUCCUCUGAUGAUGGCAUUAUUACCGAAUUACCACUUGCUACAUAGAUAUUACUUACAUAAGAUUGCACCCUUAAGAAAUAAAUAAUGCAGUUAACCAACAAGUCAAUUUCAACUAUAAUUAAAUAUAGGUAAUUGUAAUUAUUAGAUAAUAAUAAUUCAAAAUAUAUUAUAGAAAUUAUUGAGACGAACCUUUCAAUUUGAUGAAAAUGUAACGUGGAUUUUCCUCUAGUUUAGUUUAUGAAUCUCAUUUUAGUGAUUUACUAUUCUUAUUAUUCCUUGAGUGCGUUUCGUAGUCUCAUAUGGUGUGAUAUUUCGAAAAUAUAUUUGUACUAUCAAAAUAAAGAAAGUAAAGUAUCAUUAUGAAA